AUGGCCGGCCUGGGGCGGCCGCCGGCGCCGCGCGCCGCGAUGCCCGCCUGGAAGCGGGAGAUCCUGGAGCGGAAGCGCGCCAAGCUGGCCGCGCUGGGCGCGGGGCCGGGGGCCGGGGCGGCGCCGGCGGGGCCGGCCGAGCAGCUCGUGCUGGCCGAGAGCCUGGGUCCGCUGCGCGAGAACCCGUUCAUGCGGCUCGAGUCGGAGCGGCGGCGCGGAGCGCGGCCGGCGCCGCAGCUGCUGGAGCUGUACCGCCGCGUGCCGGGCGUGCGCACCAUCCGCGCCGACAACAUCCUCAUCAUCGAGGCGGCGCCCGGCUGCCCCGCGCCGCCCGCCGGCCCCGCGCCGCCCGCCGGCCCCGCGCGCAUCCGCGCCGCCGAGGUGCUGGUGUACGAGGCGCCGCCGCCGGCCGGCCGCGUCAGCCGCCUGCUGGAGAAGUUCGACCCCCCGGCCGCGCCGCGCCGCCGCGGGAGCCCGGAACGCGCCCGGCCGCCGCCGCCCGCACCCCGCGCCCCGCCGCCGCCGCCGCCGCCACCGCCCGCCGAGCGCGCCGCCCGCCUGCAGCCCGCGCGCCCCGCCGAUGGGGCGGGCCCUGGGUCCCGGCGCGGCGAGUUCGUGCAGAAGACCGGCAGCAACUCGUUCACCGUCCACCCGCGCGGCCUACACCGCGGCGCGGCGCCCGAGCCCCGGCCCGGCCCUGCCUGCGCGCCGGCGAGCGCCCCUCCCGGGCCCGGAGAUUGGAAGCCAAAGGCGGGGACGGCGGCGCCUCCCGCCGUCCCGCCCCCCAGCCCCGGGACCCCGAGUGCCACCGCCGCCGCGCCCAGCCCUGCCAGUGCCACUCCCAGCCAGCGCCGGUGGGUCUCCGCCGCCACCAGCGCCAACGACUCCUUCGAGAUACUGCCGGCCCCCACGCCAGACUUGGAGGCCAUCCCCUCGGGCGACCUGCAGGCCCGAGCCCUGGCCAGCCUGCGCGUGAACUCCCGGAACUCCUUCGUGUUUGUCCCAAAGCGCAAGGCCUCCGAGGCCGCUGCUCCUCCCCCGGACAGGCAGUCGGCGGCCUGGGCCGCCCGGAGCCCGGAGCCCGGAGCCCAGCCGGGGUCUGGAGACGCUGCGUCCGCCUCGGGGAGGAGCCCCUCAGAGGCCGCGGCGGGGCCUUGGGGGGCCGGCGCCAGGCCAGCCACCACGCUCACGGAUGGGGCCGCCCGGGGCGGCGGGCUGCCCUCGCCACCCCCGUUCCUGCCGGCUGCUGCGGAAGCCGAGCCUGUCCAGAGCGACAGGGCUCCCGGCUUGGCCAAGAAUGGCCGGGAGCCCGGGCUGCCGGUCACCUACAUCGACGAGGUGGACUCUGAGGACGAGGGCCCCCAAGAAGCCAAGCUGCCCUGCCCGGGGGCUGGUGCGUCUCCCCGGCACCUCCCGCACCCAGCCAGGCCCGGGCACACGGCGGAGCUCCAGCACCGGGGCGGCAACACCUUCGUGGUGGUGCCCAAGAGGAAGCCGGCAGUCCUGCAGGAGCAGCCCUGCGGGCCAGCCAAUGGGCAGCCACAGCCCCGAGAGGCCGAGGAGCCGCAGGGAGAGGCCGGCGGCCUCCUGGGCACGGUGCUAAAGAAGCGCUACCCCACUGUGCACGAGAUCGAGGUGAUCGGCGGCUACCUGGCCCUGCAGAAGUCCUGCCUCACCAAGGCCGGCUCCUCGAGGAAGAAGAUGAAGAUCUCCUUCAACGACAAGAGCCUGCACACCACCUUCGAGUACCCUUCUGAGAGCUCCUUGGAGCAGGACGAGGAGGCGGAGCACGAGGACGGGGGCGACGAGGAUGAUGAGGACGGCGAGGGCGAGGGUGAGGGGUCCGGCCCAGAGAGGCCCUUCACGCUCUUCCUGCCGCGAGCCACGUUCGUGGGCAGCGUGGGGCCCGAGCGGCCAGGUGGGAGCUCAGGCCUGUCCAGCUACACCCCGAAGCACUCUGUGGCCUUCAGCAGAUGGCAGGAGCAGACGCUGGAGCAGGCUGCGCGUGAAGCCGAGCCUCCGCCCGGCGAGGUCACGCUCACACCGGCCAGUCACGACGACCUCUCCGACUUCCGCAGCGAGCCGGCCCUCUACUUCUGAUCCCAGCCAAGGCCGUGCCUGCCCCUCCUGUCCUCCCCCCUUCUUCCUGUGGUCCCACAGCCCUGCUGGGGCUCCAGCCCUCAGGGCCAGGGCUGUUUGGGUCUCAGUCUUUGGCCCUGGCUUUGGGGGGUGAAAGGCAGAGAAGGGGAGCAGCCUGUGGGGAGGGCUGGGGUCCUGCCAGGUGGUGGGGAGCGAGUUGGCCCCGUCCUGCCCACCUGUCUCCUGCAGCACUCCCCAGCCCCGCCCCCACCCCUUGUGAAUGGCAGGUGCGACAGUGGGCUCUAAAUAAACAGCACUGG